AUAACCCUACGAUUUUCGGGAGCGGAGACUUCUCCGUGCAAUUCCAUUUUCUUGGCCGACACUGCAGCGUUCGGCGGUGUUGAAAGAUCGCAGAUCCACCUCUCAAGCGAAUCCUCCGCUGCCGAGUUUGAUAACCUUUCGUGUUAGAAGUAAGAGGAAUCAGAGGAAAGAAUGUUUCGGAACCAAUACGAUACCGAUGUGACGACUUGGAGCCCUGCGGGGCGGCUUUUCCAAGUGGAAUACGCUAUGGAGGCAGUGAAGCAGGGAUCGGCUGCGAUCGGGCUACGUUCUGCGACGCACAUCGUUCUGGCUACUGUGAACAAGGCCACCUCGGAGCUUUCCUCUCACCAGAAGAAAAUAUUUAAAGUGGAUGACCACAUCGGCGUCGCUAUCGCCGGCCUUACGGCCGAUGGUCGCGUCCUCUCCCGCUACCUUCGCAACGAGUGUAUCAACCACUCCUUCGUCUACGAAUCCCCACUCCCCAUCUCCCGCCUCGUCGUCCAGCUCGCCGACAAAGCUCAGGUUUGCACGCAACGUUCAUGGAAAAGGCCUUACGGAGUAGGACUCCUCGUUGCUGGCUUGGAUGAAACUGGAGCCCAUCUCUAUUACAAUUGCCCAAGUGGAAACUAUUUCGAGUACCAAGCUUUCGCCAUUGGUUCACGCUCCCAAGCUGCAAAGACCUACUUGGAACGCAGAUUUGACAACUUUAAUAAAUACUCCCGUGAAGAAUUGAUCAAAGAUGGGCUCUUUGCGAUCAAGGAGACGCUGCAAGGUGAAAAGCUGACCAGUGCAAUCUGCACUGUUGCCAUUGUUGGGGUCGGGGAGCCAUUUCAUAUCAUCAAUCAACAAGCAAUCGAGCAAGUUAUCCAGUCCCUUGACAUUGUGGAAGAUGCCCAGGUGGAAGCUGCAGCUGCAGAAUCUGCUUCUGAAGAACCAAGUGCAGCUCAAGAACCGGCGGCGCCGGCGCCCAUGGAUUUGUAGUAAAUUUAUGAUGGUAUUGAGGCUUUGCUAGUGACAUUUAGGCUUCGUUUGGGGUGGCUUUCUUGCUGUUUCGUAAAAUAGCUUUUUAGAACAAAAAAUUUAAUUUUUAUACUAAAAAGUUGUUUUAAAAAGCAGUAAGGAAGCUGUCUGAAAUGAGACCUUGGUAUCAAUUAUCUAUGAUGCUUUAGUUUUAUUAUCUUUCAUCUUGGGAAUAGUAUUUGGUGUGACUCUUUUUUAAAGGAUGGAAUCAAAAACUAACUUCAUUAUU